AUGACCGCAGACAACGCCCUGGCAUUGCUCCAGCUUGCAGUGCUGCUGCUGCUGCCGAUCGUUCUGCGGCGAAAAUGGCUGAAGUGCGCCGCGGGGCGCGUCAGCGAGGACCUCUCCAGAACUCCGACCGGUGGCCGCCAGAGUUCGCGGGCCGGGAGCACGCUCGAGCAGGAGCUUGGGAGCACGCUAAAGCAGGAGCUUCUGGCCAACAAGGCCGCGCUCGCGACCCUGCGCGCUGCAUUCCUCGAGGCGGGCGGCGUCGAGGACGCACAUACCGACAUUUACCUCCUGCGGUGGCUGACUGACGGGGCCAACCCCGCCGCGGCGGCAGAGAGUCUUGCGGUGGCGACGCGGUGGCGUGCAAAGAUGGGUGCCUUUGAGGUCCGCUCGCGCGCGCUGGCCGGCGUGCCGUUGAUGAACGUGCGCAACGGGGUCGACCGGCUGCUCGGCGCGAUGUCUAUCCUCCCCGCCCACCGCAGCACUCGUGACGGCGCUCCGCUGAACAUUGUGGUGCAUGAUGACUUUGACCCUUCGAGAGUGACUGCGGCUCUGACGCCCGAGGAAUUUCUGCUGACGAUGGUGGCGAUGCUGGAGUACAACCUCGCAAUCGUCGACGCGCGCUCCGCGGCCACCGGCCGCCUGAUCCGCAUGUCCUUCGUGAUGGACUUUGAGGGCCUCAGCUAUCGGAUGAUCUCGAUGCGGUUCCUUACCGGACACGUCAAGCAGACGCUCGGACUGGACUCGUACUAUCCGGGCCUCUUCGGUGCCAUCGUCUGCGUGAAUGCACCGGGCAUCUUCAGCAUGGGGUACAAGAUCGUCAAGCCCUGGCUCUCCGAGGACAUCCGCGACCGCAUCUGCGUUAAUGCUUCGGGCGCCUCGACGGCGGCGGCGCUCGACAAGCUGGCGAGCCCUGAGAGCCUGCCCGCCGCCUUCGGUGGAUCGUGCGUGAAGUGCCCGCAGGAUGUGGGCGAUGCGGUCGGCUGGAGCCUCACCUCCCAGCAGUCGCGCGAGAUGCUGCACGCGCGCUCGAAGCUCCGCGGCUAUGUCGCGAGCUGCCCUCAGCAGCGAGUGAGUGCGGUGGCAGAAGUGCCGACGCCCACCGAGUCCAAGGUGGUCGAGCAGCCUGCCAUUUCCCUGCUGGCACCCCUGAAGCGCCCAUGGUGGGCCGCCUGCCUUGCCCGCCCGGCCUCGCCGCCGCCCUCGCCGCUGAGCGCCUGA